UUGGUAUUCGCUCCAGACUUCAAAGCGACACAAGGCCGCCGCCGCCACCACCGUCAUGUCCAGUUUAGCCGCCGCGCGAGCGGACAACUUUUACUUCCCUCCGGAAUGGCGACCGGAGAUGGGCGGAAUCAACAAGUUCCAGAAGUCCCACCCCUUGGGAAAGCGGGCCAAGGACAUCAAAGAUGGGAUCCUCGUCGUUCGGUUUGAAAUGCCGUUUGAUGUGUGGUGUACUCACUGCAACACGCAUAUUGGUCGAGGGGUGCGCUACAAUGCAAAGAAAACGAAAGUGGGCAUGUACCAUUCGACGAUCUUGUACGAGUUCGCGUUGACAUGUGCGACAUGCAAAGGCAUCAUGAUCGUGCAGACGGACCCAGAGGCGCGGGGGUACAAACUUCUCGACGGCAUCAAGAAGAAGACGCAGAUGGAUGACGUGGAGUGGGGCACCCACGACGACGACACGUUGGAGCGAUUGAAUGCGCCGGAAGUCGGCAUUGCGUUGGCGGCAGAUCCGUUUUUCAAGCUCGAGCAUGACGAAGCGGACAAGCGCGUGGCGAAGAAGCGGUCCUCUGGCCUCAUGGACCUCAUCGACCGCCAGGACACGCUGUUCUCGGACCCGUACAAGACCAACGCAUCGCUACGCAAGACCUUCCGCGGCGAAAAGCGCGAGAUCAAGCGCAAGGCGGACGACGCGGCGGCGCGCCAUCUGUCCAUUCCGCUGGCAGAUAUCCAUCCCAGCGACGUGAUUGCCUCCAAAAGUGUCCUCUUCCAUAACCUCACCAAGCGGUCCCACGCCCCGCCACGUGGCAAGAUGUCAUCCGUCCAAAUCAAUCGCAAGCAGCAGCUGCGCGUGUCGACUUCAAGUAGUUCGUUCAGUCAAUUCGGCAACUUGGAGGCGUCUUCCAGAAAACCCACAAUGGUCGCGGCGGUCAAACGACGUCGGACGUGAAAUAUAUUCAUUUUUAUAUAUAUAAUAUAUAUAUACAAACAGGACAAG